AAAUCUCUGUGCGCACACUGUACCGACUACAACUUACUGAGUACAGUCGUGUCGAAAUACGGGACGGUGGUAAAUGGUUUUGGGGAAGAAUUGACGUGAUGCUGAACUCCUUGAUCGACCACGUCGUCGACGCGGUAUGUGUUUCCGGCUUGCCGCCACUCGUGGUAUCAGACGCGCACUUUGGUUGCGGUACCGCUGGUAUCUAGGCGUCGUCGGCGUCGUCUCCACACAGUCCAUACGUCAGUAGUUAGUACAUUCAGUACAAACAGCUGCAAGUCAUCGACGACGCCGUUCCGAGUGUGUGUGAGUGUGUUUUUUGUUCCCACUCUCUAGUAUAUUUUGUGCUGUUUAAUAUCCGCGUUCGCUCCGAGUGAUUGCCGUUUCAUUGAUGAAUAUCGCUCUCGUGCCUACAAAUUACAAUCGUCGUUCACUCGUUCGUCACUGAUAGCCGUCGUUCAGCGAUUCGUUCAUUCGCGUAUUUCGAUACGCCUAGUCAAUAGUCAUUAACAGGCUCCAACGAAAUAACAGUAAAGUUUGACCUGGUGCACGUCGUCGUUGUCGUCGUCAUUUUUGCUAUAUUGUGUCAUUUUUAAUAUAGUAUAAAACAAAAAUGGAUACGACGGAUCUUUGUUUCAUUUGUGAUACAGAAUUAAAUUAUAAUAAUCGUGUACAGUUAACUACCACUCAUGCAAAACUGAGUAAUAAAUCAUUACCAGAAAUUUUUGCCGGUGUUUUAGGAGAAGAAUAUUUUGUGGUUAUUCUUAACGAAAAUGAUUACGCGUGUAAAAAUUGUGCAUCACUGUUGAACCGAGUUGAACAAUUGGAAAGAGAUUUGAAACUUGUUAAAAACGCAGUGUUAACAAUCGUAAAAAAGAAGCAUGGAUUAUUAAUUCCUGAUAAAGAUGAUCAGGUUGUGAAAGUAGACAAGAAAGAUUUGAGUGAUGAAAGUCCUCCUCCAAAAGUAUCAAAUCCUUUGAAACUAAAUGAACCUCCUAACAUCCUUAUUAAUGAUAUUAACCGAGGAAUUGAAUUUUUACAUAUACGACAUAAACCACAACAAGUACUUACACCACAACAAGUACAGAUUCCGCAACAAGUACAGAUUCCACAACAAGUACCAAUGCCAACUCAUUCAAAUGCAAUACAACCUGGAGAAUCCAUUAUUAGUGAAAAUGCUACUAGAAUAUUAACUCCGGUACGGCAAAAGAAAAUGCAGCUUUAUAGAUGUCAGGAAUGUAACAAUCGUUACUACAACGGAGACCAAUAUGUUCAACACAUUCAAAGAGAUCAUAAAAAGUCAACUUUAAAUAAUUUGGAAAAACAAGAAGAAUAGAAUAUUGUACUAGAAUGGUCCAAGUACUUCGAACUUCUUAAAAUUUAUUCCUAAGUUUAAAUUUCAAAUAAAUGGUGUUGAUGAAAACACCGAACAUUUUUAAAUCCUCCUAAUGCAAAGGAAUUUACUAAUUAAUUUUAAAAUUUAUUUAAUUCUUUGAUAUUAUUAAUCAAUUAGUUUGUAAUUGUAGCAGUCACUUGAUAAUUCAAAAUUCAAGGGACCAAAUUAAAAAUUCGAUUUUUAGAGAGAUAAAUUUUUUGUUAUAAAAAGUAAUUUUGUUUCUCAUUAAUUAAUAAGUUAUUUUUGAAGACAUAAAAACUAAUAUUUAAUUUAUAAUCACGAAUAGGUAAAUUCAUAGGCUUCUAAACAUGCUUUAAUCUAGCUUUAAGUAUCUUAUUAUUUUAG